AUGGAGCACCCCAGUCCGGUCAACAAGACGGAGCGUCUCGCUCGCGGAGAGGAGGCAAUAGAGAAGGCAGAGGCCGAAGACAAAGGAACGGACCACCCCGGCGAGAAGGCCCGAAUGCAGGAACCGUCCGGGAAUGCUGUUUCUCUGGACAGUGACCAUGCGCUAAGGGCCGAUGUACCAGAUUUUGUACCCGGCAUGCCAUCAUCUCAAGCAGGACCACCUUCAUCUGCGCCAUCGACGAAAGGGAAGGGCAAAGCUAGGCAGCCUAGGGCACCGCCGCAACCACCUAAAGUCACGACGAAAUCCACGGCCGACGAUCUAGCUACCCGAAUCCACGAAGACAUCUCGCAUAAUCUAACUUCCCCUCGAGCUACUCUUGCUGGUGUGAUAAAGAAAUCGAUCCUAAACCGCUUCCUGGUCUACCCCCACACUCAUGUGGUCAGACUUGCUCGCGGCCUCGCAAGGGAUGUCCGCAUCCAUGUGAUGCAACUUGUCAUGCAGGUCCAUGUGCGCCUUGUACUGCCAUGGGCCCAACGCAGGAUUGCUUCUGUGGUCUUAAUUCGUCGCAAAAACGUUGUCAAGACACAGAUUAUGAAAAUGGCUGGAGCUGUGGUGAGAUCUGCGGUGAGCUACUGCCGUGCGGAGAACACACAUGUCCACUUCCAUGUCAUGAGGGAUUGUGCGGUGGCUGCGAGGUUAGCAUUGACGCUCGUUGCUAUUGUGGGAAAUCUCAGAUGGAGAUGCUCUGCAAGUCGAAAGAUGAUGAGGAGGACAGUCGAAUCGUCCUUGAGGACGGAUCAGAAGAUGAAUGGACCGGCUGCUUCAAUUGCGGGGAGACUUGUAACCGUCCCCUUGAUUGUGGCCUUCAUUCAUGUCAGAAGAACUGCCACCCGCAGGAGUCUCAUCCAGCACACUGUCCACGAUCACCGGAUGUUGUCGUCAAUUGCGCUUGUGGCAAGACGCCGCUAUCUGAGAUACCGGGAUAUACACCUCGGACUUCUUGCGAAGACCCCAUUUUGA